GGUCGGCGAGUGCGCAUGUGCGAGAGUGAAGGGUGUCGUUGGUUGUGAAUCGGCGGCAAUCUCCGCCACCUUGUCAAAGCAUGUUCAAUGUACGAACAAAGAAAUAUCGCACAUUAGAAUGCUUCUACCAUUUCAUUGCUUUUACCUUCAACGAAAACUUUCAUAACGAAAAUCAGAUAAUUAUUCAAGAUUGACUAGAAUAAAUUACAACUGCAAGUGAAUUUUAAUGAUCUCUGCCUGUAAAUGGGCCCCUCGAAAAAAAAAAAAAAAUAAUCGAGCUCCUCCGACAACAAACCUUGCUCUUGGGUUGUGAGUGUUCACCUCAGACAAUUUGAAAGGUUCUAUUCCCGCCAAUAUUUCUGAUGCCAGGUGACUAAACUAAUACUAUCAUUUUGCAGUUCUAUUGUGUUUGAAUAUAUUUUUCAAUUAUAAUCUCGUUUAUAUCUGCCUGUCUUCAUACCUUACCAAACUGAUCGUCCAUGAAAACGAACAACGGCUUUAUAUAUAUUAUAUGAGUGGAAGCCUGUACACAUUCCCCAUAGACAAGGAAGCAGCUAAUCUCUUAAUUCUUUAUUACAUCCUGCUCUAAAAUGCAAAAUUCCGUUUAUAGUGGACAAUUUCUUCGAUAUCUUAAACGAUGUGUUGUUAAUUCGGAAAUAUUUAGCAUAUCUUAUUCGACUAGUUGAGGCAAAAUUUCUAAAAUCUAGAUAUCUUGAUGAGUCUAUUAAUCCAUAUCUGGAAGAGAUAUAUAUCUUUUUUCACUCAUUUUGCAUUGAUAGACUUGUGGAUUAUAGAAGAUUACUAAUUAAUCAGAGGUGGACAGACAGCGGUACGAGUCGGUUGAUAGUCGGCAAUUUGGCUCUUUCUCCCACCACUCUGACUUGGAGAUUUAUACCACAGCUGCUCUCCCUACCUUCGUGUUUCGCCAUCAAAUUACUGUGGUAGUGCGGAGGGAAAUAUCUCUCACCAACAAUGGUGGAAUUCUGAUGUGGAAAUAAUUUAAAACUACAGGAAGAAAGAAUUUAAAAACAAUCAGCUUUGCAGAUCAAAGAUAAAAUAGACGGUGAGCGAGAGAGAGAGAUAGGCUGGACGACAACAAAACAUGGUUAGAACUCGACAUAGUGGAGAGGCUUUGUACGGAUUUGAUGAUUUAUCCAAAAUUAAGAAGAAAAGCCCUAAUAAACAUGAUGAGUCAAAUGUUUCCAGUAAAAAAAGAACCCAAGGUUCUAAUGAUGAUUCCUCAACAACUAACCAGAGGAAUAACUUGAAAACGUCUUCAACUCUGAGGAGGGGAAAAGUCGUUUCUGGUGAUAGCAGUGAUGAAUUUGAAGAAGAGGUGGAGUUUGCUGACAAAAAUUGCAAUAAACUACAUAUGAAGGUAAAAAGAGAUGAAAGAAAAAAGUCUGAGAAAACAAACAAUAAACCACUUCUGCCAACACGAAGAUCCACUCGUAAACGAUCUUUGUUGUUUUUAUCUUCUGAUGUCACUGAGACAAACAACAUUACUCUGGAAGAUGAUCAUAGUAAUAAUGAAUCACACAAGCGUAAGAGAACCAAUGUUGAUGAGAUUGAUGACUCUUUGGAGUUUACAGAUAUGUACAGUCGUGUCAAAAGAAAUCGUGCACAGCGUAAGUUCACAACAGUUUUAAAUGGAAUGCACAGCACCAGACAAAAUAUUGAUGAUUUUGAUGAGUGUCAAGACAACCAGGGUGAUGUUGAUGAAGAAGUUGAUGAGGAUGAUGAUGAUGCAGAUGAUGAUAGUGAGACACAAGAACCACCUCGACGUUCAUAUUAUUUAAGGGAGCACAAACCACGUACAAAAUUAUUUGAAGCCCCACCUAUAGACUCUCUUAAAAAACGAAAUAAAAAUCUUCCCUAUUGUGACACUCCUGCUAGUUCCUCUCAUGGAAAGCACACCUCUUACAGAUCUCCUGCACAUAGAAAUGGAAACAUGCGAAGACGAACAGCGUUUCAUGGAAGCUCUUCUACCUCAUCUAGCAGUGAUUCAAGUGAUGAUGAGCGGAGGUUUGAGAGAAGGAAGGCCAAGAGUAUGACCCGGGCACGGAAUAGGUGUUUGCCAAUGAAUUAUGGCCAUGAAGAUCUUGCUAGUUCACUUGUGAGGGAUCGCUUGAGAAUUGGAUCCAGUUUGGCAGAUGUUGACCCAAUGACGGUUGACAAAAUGGUUAACUUCAAAAGUAUUGGUGGUUUAGAGAAGCACAUCAGUGCCUUGAAAGAAAUGAUUGUCUUCCCACUUCUGUAUCCAGAAGUCUUCGAGCAGUUCAAAAUUACUCCACCUCGAGGAGUUCUCUUUUAUGGUCCACCAGGUACUGGAAAGACUUUGGUAGCUAGAGCUUUAGCUAAUGAAUGCAGCACAGAAAAUCGAAGAGUGGCUUUCUACAUGCGUAAAGGGGCUGACUGUCUCAGUAAAUGGGUUGGGGAGUCUGAACGUCAGCUAAGAUUAUUAUUUGAUCAGGCUUAUCAGACUCGGCCAUCUAUUAUAUUUUUUGAUGAGAUUGAUGGGCUUGCCCCAGUUCGUUCAAGUCGCCAAGACCAAAUUCACAGUUCUAUCGUUUCUACUCUGCUUGCUUUAAUGGAUGGUUUAGAUAGCCGGGAUGAGAUAGUUGUCAUUGGUGCUACUAACCGGAUUGAUGCUAUUGAUCCAGCAUUGAGACGACCAGGCAGAUUUGACAGAGAAUUCCAUUUCCCACUGCCAUCUUUACAAGCUCGGUCCCAGAUUUUCUCUAUCAUCACUAAAGAUUGGAACCCUAAGCUAUCAGAUGCAUUUCUUGAGGAAAUUGCUCGAAAGUGUGUUGGCUAUUGUGGUGCUGAUAUCAAAGCAUUAUGUACAGAAGCUGCUUUGAUGGCUUUAAGAAGAAGGUAUCCUCAGAUUUACAAUUCCUCAGAAAAACUCCAGUUAGAUGUUUCAUCAAUACACAUCUCUGGAAUUGAUUUUUAUCGAGGAAUGAAAGUAAUUGUUCCCACUGCACAGCGUUCUAAUUCAACUCCAAGACAUCCAUUAUCCAAACUUGUGAGACCACUUCUUGAAAACAUCUACACCAAGGCACUUUCAAUAUUGGAGAUAAUUUUUCCCAAUGAUUUAUCUCAGAGUCAUAGUCUUACAUUGAAAGGUUCCUGUGAGAAAUCAGCUAAAGUAGAUGAAGCUACCGAUUACUGGUUUGAAGAUGAAGAAGGUCCAUGUAUAUAUGAAGCCCCUCGUCAACGUGGUAGAAAGCCUCGAAAUUUUGUUCCUGAAAAAAUUACAGAAUCUUACUUGGAUUUUCAAAGUUGUGCCUCCAAGCAGCCAUUGACAUACCGUCCACGCCUUCUCUUUGCUGGGAAAAUAGGCCAAGGACAGUCUGUCCAUCUUGCUCCUGCUAUCAUGCAACACCUAGAGCAAAUGCCUGUUUAUGUAAUUGAUUUACCAUCACUGUAUGCUGCUAGUAACAGGACACCUGAAGAAUCUUGCACACAGAUAUUCUGUGAAGCCAAGAGAACAAGCCCUAGUAUAUUGUAUUUUCCACACAUCAAUUAUUUGUGGAGUGUUUCGAGUGAAACAUUGAAAGCUACGUUUUUAACAAUGGUCGAUGAUUUAGAUCCUUGUUUACCAAUCCUACUUUUAGCCACCAGUGAAGUUCCUUAUGAUUUUCUUGAUGAUGAUUUGAAAGAACUGUUUGAUGAUCUAGCAGCUGAGGUUAUGCAUAUGAGUAAUCCAACAGAACAAGAACGGCGAGAAUUCUUUUCAGAUUUGUUGCUGAAUCAAGCUGUCAAACCACCAGUCAAUAAAAGGCAAAGAACUCGAGUCUUAGAAGAAUUACCACGUGCACCACCCCCUGUUCCUCGCAAACUAACAGAAACUGAAUUGGCAAAACUUAAAAGCCAUGAAGAAGCAACUCUAAGAGAGCUAAGACUCUUCUUAAGAGAUAUAUGGAAUAAGCUUGCUAAAUGUCGCAAAUUUGCUAUCUUUAUGCGACCAGUUGAUAUUGAGGAUGUUCCAGAUUAUUAUGAUAUUGUGAAGGAACCAAUGGAUUUGAAUUCAAUGCUUAAAAAAAUUGACAAUGAAAUGUAUCCGACUGCUCAAGAGUUUUUGGAUGAUAUUGACUUAAUAUGGCGCAAUGCUUUGGAAUAUAAUCCAGACAGUGAUAGUACAGGAAAGGCUAUUCGUCACCGAGUUUGUGCCCUGAAAGAUAUGGCGUAUGCUGUGGUGAAUUCUGAACUUAAUCCAGAAUUUGCUAAAAUGUGCCAAGAUAUUGUUAACUCCAGAAAGAGAAGAGGUGAAGUUAAUAAGGUUACUAAUAUUUUCUCACUUCAACCAGAACGACCAGAUACUCCUCCUGUAACUCAGCCAGUUGCUACUUCCUCUAACAUAAAUAGCCAGGUAAAUGCUCUCCCUUCAGAUUACCCUACGAGAUUCAGUCGGAGGGUAAGAGGAAUGGAUGCAGAAUCUCAGGCACCCCUUGAAGUUGUGGAGAAAAUAUUUUGUCAAUCAAAAUCCCCAUCAAAAUCUAAGUCAUACCGAUCAAAUUCCUCCUCUAAAUCUCAGGUUACCUCAACUGAGGUAGAAAGUGUAGAAUGUUUCUCUGAGGAUCAGCUUCAAAAUUCUGACCAAUCUUCACCUGUAAAUAAAUCAAAACCAGGGCGUAAGUUACGCUUAAGAAGAAGGCGUUCAUCUGCUAGCAGCCGACAUGUCAAAAAUGGACACUCUGGAGAUGAUGAAGUUUCUGGUUCAGAAGAAGAACAGUGUACAAAAAGUAGGAGUCAUUCAAGUGAAUUGAAUAAUGAAACCCCAUCCACUUCAAAAAACCAUACAAAUUCAGAAAUGGCUACCUCUGGAUCUGCAACUGUUUCAUCAUCUUCCACCAUGCAAAAUUACCCAUACCGAACACGGGGACACGAUCAAGCUUCUCCUGGGAGGGCCGAACAGCAACAAUCCAGUGCUAUCACUGCCAAUACUACUACAACUAAUAAUAGCGCUGCCAAUGGUUCCAACACUUCUUUAUUGUCAUCAUCGUCAUCAUCAUCAUCAUCGUCAUCAGCUAGUACAUCAAAUGUGACAACCUCAGUUUUGCUGUCAUCAACUGUAACCUCCACUAGUGUGCCUACCUCACACACCACUGCCAAUACAACGAGGAAUGGUCUUGAUAGUGGAAUUGGGAGUGCAAUAGAGAGCAAUGGAGAAUCCUUGGAUAGUCUGGAUCAAGCCAAAACUGAUAAUGCUCCAACUAACUCCCAAACUACAGAACAAGAAAAAGGUGCUGCACCAGAACUUGCUGAUAUCAGCCCACUGCCAGUUGAAAAUCAGGAAACUGAAGGUGAAUCAGCCACAUUCCAGAUAUCGAUGGUUGGAGAAGAUUCUUCUGGCAAUAACAAUGAUAUGGAAGCAGCCAACACUACUUAUAAUAAAGGACUGAUGUCGAAACUUUUGGACCAAGUUGUCACUCAGACUAAAGGCUAUACUGUGGAACGUUUAGAGAAACUUUACAGUGUAUUCAGUCAAUGCAUUUAUCAGCAAAGGAACAAUCCUGACAAAGUUGAUCUCUGUGUUAAUAUGGAACAAAAACUGGUGCAAUACACAUCCCAACACCGUGCCCGUGUCCGGCCCUCUGUAAAUAUCACUUGAAUUAUCAAAGUUUUACUCUGCAGGGUUGAAAAGAAAUUGUCUUUUUUUUUUUCUAAAUAAAAGUUGGGUAGGGUUUUACAUUAAGAUACCAUUCAUCAACC